GAAUUGCAACCAUCCUCACCUCGUGCCGUCGAUUCGUCGACCCAGCUUGUAGGACCCCGUUGUGGAACCGUAUUAGCGCACCGGCCCAUGGUUGAGAUUCUCCCCUUCCCAAGGUUAGCAGUUGCUACCAUGCCACCCGGCUCGGCAAUCCUUAGCCUUAUCUUGAGAAGCUUCCAUGGCGAUCGAGACUGGUCGUUGUGCGGUACCUGGGAUGGGAGGUGA